UUAGCAAAUCACUUUCCAGGAUAUUGAGUAAUCAACCAUGGCUGAAGCACACUCAGCUGUUGCGUUCUCCUUCUCGAUUACUCACGAGGGCUGGGACGUGAACGUAGAUCGCGAGGUUCUACACUUGGUCUGGGCCUCGGGAGUUCGGUCGUGGAAGAAGAGACUUGCCAGGUUCAAGAAUAACAUAAAAAAUGGAGUUUUUCCUGCUCCACUACAAAGUUUGUGGGCAACAGUGGCACUCAUCACCAGCCUGCACUUUGCUGGAAUAAAACUUCCUUUUUUCGAUUUUAUUCUUUCAAUAUUACCCGAAAACAAUAUGAACUACCAGAUUAUUACCUGCUUCAUCCAGUCACUUCUCUUCUGGCUGUUUGUCAUAUACGUGUUUAGGUACACACUUAAGUUACUGCUCAUGUACAAAGGUUGGAUGUACGAAGAGAGAGGACGAGGACGCACCAUCUCGUGGCAGACCAAGUUUUGGUUGAUGUGUGUCAAAGUGAUGUCUGGUGCCAGCAAGCCCUUGCUCUACAGCUACCAGGGUUCUCUACCCAGGUUGCCCCUUCCGUCUGUAGAUGACACUAUGGAGAGGUAUCUCCGCAGUGUCAGACCACUGUUAGAUGACACACAGUAUGGGAGGAUGGAAAAACUUGCGAACGAGUUUAAAAAUGGAAUUGCUGUGAAACUGCAGCGUUACUUGGUUCUCAAGUCAUGGUGGUCAAGCAAUUACGUGUCGGAUUGGUGGGAGGAAUACGUCUACUUGAGAGGCAGAUCACCUCUCAUGGUAAAUUCCAACUUCUACGGAAUCGAUGCCAUUUUGAUGCACCCUACCACAAACCAGGCAGCACGCGCUGCCACCAUAAUCCACACAGCUCUCCUGUACCGUCGACUCAUCGAACGGCAAGAACUAGAACCAAUAUUGAUCCAAGGCCUGGUGCCGCUGUGCUCUUGGCAGUACGAGAGAGUGUUCAACACCACGAGGGUCCCAGGGGUGGAGACGGACAAGAUAGUCCACUACAAUGACUCCAAGCACAUUGUCGUCUACCACAAAGGGAGAUACUUCAAGGUGCCUAUUUAUUACAAAAAUCGGAUCCUUCUGCCAAGUGAAAUUGAAAUACAGAUGAACCACAUCCUACAAGACACAAGUACACCAGCUGUUGGAGAAGAGAAGCUGGCAUCUUUAACAGCUGGAGAACGAACUGCUUGGGCUAAUGCAAGAACAGAAUUUUUCUUCAAGGGCACAAACAGGACUAGCCUGGAUGCCAUAGAGAAAUCUGCUUUUGUUGUUACCCUGGAUGAUGUUCCAUAUGAGUUUGAUGAGAAAGACACUGGAAAGCUGGACAACUAUGGCAGAAUCUUGCUCCAUGGAAAGGGUUAUGACAGGUGGUUCGACAAGUCAUUCACCCUCUGUAUAGGCACCAAUGGCAGGAUUGGGUUCAACGCUGAACAUUCGUGGGCAGAUGCAGCCGUUAUGUCCCACUUCUGGGAGUACGUAGUGUCUGAUGAAACCGUCAACAUGGGGUAACUUGUCUCUCAGUCACUCUAUCACUCUCUCUCUCUCUCCUUUCCCUCUCUUCUUUUUUUCAGUUCAAAGUUUUUCAGUUUGUCUCGAGCUGAACAUUUAGCCAAAGUUGUAUUUCAUCUGAAAUGUUGCACAUUUUAUAUUACUGGUAAAGGCAGUAUAAAGCUUAAACAGUCAAUUUCUUCUGAGUUUAUAAUCCCUGAGAUACUACUCAAAAUAAAUGUUCCGCUCGGACAGCAGAUUUUUAGUUGUACGCUUAAGUUAUUUGCAGUUUGGUGGCAG